CCAUACCUCUACAACCCUGGGACUGAUGUAACAGCGGAUGAGAAACUGGUUCCAUUCAGAGGUCACUGUCCUUUCUGGCAGUACAUGCCCAGCAAGCCAGCAAAGUAUGGCAUCAAGAUAUGGGUGGCCUGUGACGCACAAUCCAGCUACGCUUGGAAGAUGCAAGUCUACAUAGGGAAGCUGACCAGUGGAGGCCUGGAGAAGAACCAGGGGAUGUGGGUUGUGCUUGAUGUGACAGAUGGACUGAGGGGGCACAAUGUCACGUGUGACAAUUUAUUCACCUCUUAUGAACUCAGCCAGCAGCUCCUUAAGAGGGAGGGGGAUGAGGCCUUCUCAUUAAAGUUUGCCUUCACCCCCACCGACACUCUAGUUUCUUACCUCCCAAAGAGGAACAAGAAUGUGGUCCUCCUGAGCACACUGCACAAAACGGCUGAGAUCAGUGAUCGUGAGGACAGGAAACCAGCCAUCAUCCUGGACUACAACAACAAAGGAGGUGUGGACAACCUGGACAAGAUGAUUGGAACUUACAGCUGCAGGAAGAUGACUGCCCACUGGCUCCUGGUCAUCUUCCAUAACAUCAUUGAUGUGUCCUCAUACAAUGCCUUUGUGAUAUGGAACAAGAUCACUGAGACGCGUGUUAUAGAGGGCUAUGUCACAUGA